AUGGGAUUCAGCACGGCGGCCGAAUUUGACGAGGGUUAUCACACCGUACAUAACACAUUCGCAUCUGGCGUCACCAAAAACAAAGAAUGGCGGCGUCAGCAGCUCAAGCGCACCUGGUGGAUGAUCGAGGAGAACAAGGAUCGUAUCUGCGCCGCCCUCUAUACCGAUCUCCACCGACAUCGCUAUGAAACAGGGCUCUCCGACAUUGCAAUGAUACAGAAUGACACUCUACGCACACUUGAGAAAUUGGAUGAAUGGACCAAGGAUGAGAAGCCCACCCGCUGGGACAUGGUGAACUUCUUGGGCGGCACACGAGUGCGCAAAGAGCCCAAGGGCGUUGCCCUCAUCAUCGGCGCCUGGAACUUCCCCAUCCUCCUCUUGCUUCAACCCAUGGUCGCCGCGAUUGCAGCGGGCUGCGCGAUGAUUCUGAAGCCGUCCGAUAUGGCACCCGCAGCGCAAGAUCUCCUCAUGGAGAUUAUCCCGCAGUAUCUGGAUAGCAGUGCGAUUCGCUGCAUCAGCGCUGGGCCACAGGAGAUGCCGCAUAUCCUCGAGCAACGCUACGAUCAUAUCUUCUACACUGGCUCGGGAAAUAUUGGCAAGAUCGUGCAUGCCGCGGCCGCCAAACAUCUGACUCCCGUAACGCUCGAGUUGGGAGGCCAAGCUCCGGCUAUUGUCACUGCAAAGGCCAAUAUAGACUUGUCAGCCAAGCAUAUCGCUGCCACCAAAUUCACCAACGCAGGCCAGAUCUGCCUCAAUGUCAACCACGUCGUCGUAGACCCCACCAUCCGCGAAGCCCUCGUGAACAGCAUGAUCAAACACUUCGACACCUUCAUGGGCGGCCGCGACACCAGACCGGAGUACUACACACACAUCAUCAACGAGCGCAACUUCGACCGACUCGACCGACUGCUGUCCUCAACGGCCGGUGACAUCGUCUACGGCGGCCAACGCGACCGCACAACCCGCUUCUUCGCGCCCACAAUCGUGACGGGCGUAAAACCAGGCGACCCCCUCCUCUCCGAGGAACUCUUCGGCCCAAUCCUGCCAGUCAUGGAUGCAGACCUCGACGGUGCCCUUACAUACACCCGCGCCGGUGACAGACCCCUCGGUAUCUACGCCUUCACAGAUAAUCAAAGCGAGAAAACCCGCAUCCUGGACGAGACUCAGUCCGGUGGGGUGACGUUUAAUGAUUGCACGCUGCAUGUCGUCGCGCGCGAUGCGCCAUUCGGUGGCACGGGACACUCCGGCCAGGGCUACUAUCACGGCCCGUACGGUGUGCGUGAGUUCUCGCAUCUGAGGACGCAUGUGGAUGCCAUGCCGGCGUGGAUGGAGUGGCUCAUGGAUGCGCGGUAUCCGCCGUAUUCCGUAGAAAAGUUGAAUAAGCUUGUGCCGACCGUGAAGCCGCCGUUUGACCGUGAAGGAAGAGAUAUUUCGCGUGGUCUGACUAAGUGGGUUGUUGGUUUUGGAGCGUUGGUCUUGUCGGCGGCUGUUGUGUUGCCGCGACAGCAGUUUCAGACACUUUUAGCUCGGUUUGUGAAUCGCGGAUGA